AUGGCUACUAGAACGCAGUUUGAGAACUCCAACGAGGUGGGUGUCUUCUCGAAACUAACAAAUUCUUAUUGUUUGGUCACCGUUGGUGGAUCCGAGAACUUUUACUCUGCCUUCGAAGCUGAGCUGGGCGAUGCGAUCCCUAUCGUGCACACCACCAUUGCAGGGUGCCGUAUAGUGGGCAGAAUGUGUGCAGGUAACCGUAGAGGUCUGCUGGUGCCCACACAGACCACCGACCAGGAACUACAUCAUCUCAGAAACAGUUUGCCAGACAGCGUAAAGAUCCAGAGGGUGGAAGAGCGCUUGUCGGCUUUGGGAAACGUGAUCUGCUGUAACGACUACGUGGCCCUUGUGCAUCCCGAUAUCGACCGUGAGACCGAGGAGCUGAUUGCCGAUGUAUUGGGCGUGGAAGUUUUCCGUCAAACCAUCUCUGGUAACGUGCUAGUGGGCUCCUACUGUGCGCUCAGCAACCAGGGCGGUCUGGUGCACCCACAGACGACCGUGCAGGACCAGGAAGAAUUGUCGUCUUUGCUGCAAGUGCCACUAGUGGCCGGUACCGUGAACCGCGGUUCUUCCGUGGUGGGUGCGGGUAUGGUGGUGAACGACUACCUGGCCGUGGCCGGUCUGGACACCACUGCUCCAGAACUCAGCGUUAUCGAGAGCAUUUUCCGUCUGCAGGACGCCCAGCCAGACUCGAUCUCGGGCAACUUGCGUGACACUUUGAUCGAAACCUACUCUUGA